GCUGUCGAAUGGGCGCUCGAGCACCGCGCUCCGCGUGACGCGCCGCUCACUUGUCAGCGUUCUUGCCCGAGUCGCCGCAGUGCGAGGGGCGCGUGCAGCACCGGCGCUGUCACGUCGAUCGCUGCCCCGCGCUGCGCUCCGCUGUCGCGCGGCUGCCCGCGCGCGCAGGACUGACGGCGAACUGACGGUAAGUGUUUCAGGGGGAGCGGAGAGCGGAGAGCGAAGCGAUCGCCGCGGGACAGAGAGCGGAGCCGCUCGGGAGGUUCGCCGCGGAUAAUCCACGAGAAACGUUUUUUUUCUCCCUACAAAAGAGGAGGUAAAAAGAGGCAGAAGUGUGGGAAAAUAAAGAAGAGCGCCGACAUCACCGAUAAUAAGCCGGACGACACUCCCGCAGCGCAGGUGAAAACCUCCCCUUUUUUAGGGGUUAGGGAAUUAAAGGAGAACAUUUUUGAUUCUCCAGCACAGAAUAACACACGCGCGCACACACACACACACACAAACACACACACUCACUAACGCACGCAGAGUGUCGGAAUCCUUCCUCCUGGGUGCCCUUGGCGACGCGUUAUUUUUCGUGCGUCUUUACGCGUCUCUCGAAUAGGAGCCUCGGAGCAGAAAGGCAAAGAUCUGACCAGAGAAGAAGGUGGAUUCUUUUUUCUUUCUUUUUCUUUCUUUCUUUCCCCUGCACUGAUCCGGAUGAGGAACCGCUGGAGAUUCACACCAUGUAAGGCUGGAGGCGCUGGGUUUGUGUGCCUGGCAGGGCUGUCAUGAGCAAAGCUGGUGGUCACCGGCGUCCACAGCUGGAGAAACUGACACGAGUGCCAGAACAUGGUACGGCCAGAGGGCUAUUUAUAGAGAAGGGAAUAGUAGGAAGUUAAGAAGUCGCAUGUUUGUGGCUCAUCCUCUCCCUGGAAAGACGAAGCAUCCUUUGGACACCGCCGUGUGACUGAGGGAAGAACCCACCUGAAAAAUGCCCUGCAUUCUUCUGCAGAUACUGACCAUCUGGAUGACCGUUACACCUGGAGCUGCUGCAGACCUAACCUGCGAGGCGCUGCUCCUCCUGUCGGGAAACAUCACAGCUCGUUCUUUGGCCUCUCUGGCAUCAUGGAAUCUGACUACGUCACCAAGCAACAGCACAGGCCUGUUCUGCAACACCUCCAUAGACGGCAUCGGCACCUGCUGGCCCAGGACCAGCGCUGGGGAGAUGGUGUCACGUCCUUGUCCGGAAUACUUUUACGGGGUCCGCUACAACACCACAAACAAUGUGUACAGAGAGUGUCUCUCGAAUGGGACGUGGGCGAUGAAGGGCAACUACUCGCAGUGCCAGGCCAUCCUGAACGAAGAGAAAAAGAGCAAGCUGCACUACCACAUAGCGGUGAUCAUCAACUACCUGGGCCACUGCAUAUCCCUGGGCGCAUUGCUGAUGGCUUUCAUUCUCUUCAUGCGCUUGAGGAGCAUCCGCUGUCUGAGGAACAUCAUCCACUGGAACCUGAUCAGCGCCUUCAUCCUGCGCAACGCCACGUGGUUCAUCGUCCAGCUGACCAUGAACCCCCGAGUGCACGAGAGCAACGUCAUCUGGUGCCGACUGGUCACGGCGGCCUACAACUACUUCCACGUGACCAACUUUUUCUGGAUGUUCGGAGAGGGCUGCUACCUUCACACGGCCAUCGUGCUCACCUACUCGACGGACAAGCUGCGCAAGUGGAUGUUCACCUGCAUCGGCUGGUGCAUCCCUUUUCCAAUUAUCGUUGCCUGGGCCAUCGGAAAGCUGUAUUACGACAACGAAAAGUGCUGGUUCGGCAAGCGGGCCGGCGUUUACACGGACUACAUCUACCAGGGCCCGAUGAUUCUGGUCCUGCUGAUCAACUUCAUUUUCCUCUUCAACAUUGUGAGGAUCCUUAUGACGAAGCUCCGAGCUUCCACCACGUCGGAGACGAUACAGUACAGGAAAGCGGUUAAGGCCACGUUGGUUCUGCUGCCCCUCCUUGGCAUCACUUACAUGCUCUUCUUCGUCAACCCUGGAGAAGAUGAGAUCUCCCAGAUUGUCUUCAUAUAUUUCAAUUCCUUCUUGGAAUCCUUCCAGGGCUUCUUUGUCUCAGUGUUCUACUGCUUCCUUAAUAGCGAGGUGCGCUCAGCUGUUCGGAAGAGGUGGCACCGCUGGCAGGACAAGCACUCCAUCCGUGCCAGGGUGGCCCGAGCCAUGUCCAUCCCCACCUCGCCCACCCGGGUCAGCUUCCACAGCAUCAAGCAGUCCUCGGCUGUGUGAGCGAGGCCGCUGCCCCGACCUCGGUCUCCCCGUGACUCCCUAUGACCCCUCCCCCCCUUCAACUAGCCAGGGA